GGAACAACGAAGCUGGAUGAUAUCGGGAAACUUUCAUUAAGAUUGUUUCGAAUAUUUUGCUCCUCUUGUCUGUGGUGUUCGUUUUUAUGCACUGAUAUUUUCGAGGAAGAUAAAUCAACGUUACUCAACAGACAACCAUCGUCCAAAGAGCUUGAUAGCAACAAUGAAAAUAUAUACAAAACGGAAUCGACGAAAUUUUUCCUGGACAGAGGAGACAGCAGGAAUAUUUCCAUAUCCACCUCGUCGUAUGACUCGUCUGGAAAGACAAAGAAGACGAACUCCGUUUGCAAGAGGCAAAAAAACUAUAGAAAACCCAUCAAGAGCAGCCACCGCGUUCGAGGUACGGCUUUGUUAACUUGUACCGAGGGCGCGUUUCGCGUGCGAAAAAUUUACGGCGAUGGGAAUUGCAUGUUUCGUGCCAUAAGUUAUAUAUUGUGGGGUAACGAAGAGGAGCAUAAAUCAUUGCGUGAUAUGGUCGUUCGGCAUGUCAGAGAAAAUUGGCAAGAGUAUGGACCAUUUGUGGUGGCAGAAUGGAAUAUUUCGAAUCCUCAUGAAUAUUUUGAAUUUAUGAACUCUGAUGGAAUUUAUGCCAGUGAGCUAGAAUGCAUUGUUGCUACCAGACUGCAUCACAUGAAUCUUUCAAUUUAUCGGGUUGUUCAUGGAAAACAUGAAAUUAAGAGGGUCUUUCAUAAUUCUGUUCACGAUGAUUAUCGAACGGCUAGAUUAUUAUUUAGUGGACGAUCUGACAGUGGUCACUAUGACGUUUUAUUAAUGGAUUAUUAAAAACGUAUUUUUUUUUGUAUUAUGAACUAUAUGUACACUGUGUAUUUUAAAUCAAAUAUUCAUGAUUUUAUCAAAUCAAUGUUUUUUAUUCAUUUCACGUUUACUACAUGAAUA